GCUAACGUGUAACCUCAUUCUUUGAUUGUAUCCUAAUAUACUAUUCUAUCGCUUCAAAAGGUUCACGCUUACUUCCCAACCUGUCGGGAUAUUAGAAGUCUAUCUGAAUUUGAGGAUAAUCUUACCACAAAUGAAAUACCACAAACGUUGCCACAAGAAAGCAUACUUGAAGACUAUGUAAUAGAAACUGAGGAUAACAGGAUUGACAUACAUGUGUCGCAUAUUAAUGAACAUGAUGAUUCAUGUCCAAGUACCAGUAGUUCAAUGACAAACACAUCUCUUAAUUGUGGAAAGAAACUAAGACAAUUACUGACAGAAUCUGGUACCGGCAAAAAAUUACUGUCACAAACGGUAUUAAGUCCGUCUGAUCGAAAUAAAAUAUGUCAAAUAAUUAUUGAGAAGCUUCUUAGUAAAUCUAUCAAGGUAAGGACAGAGGAAUUUAAAGAGUGGACUAUUGAAAUUGUAAGCCUCUUUAAGAGCGAAAAGGCGUCCACAUAUUACGUAUCAAGUAAUGCAAAAAUAAAACGUUUUGCAAAUGAUAAGUUGUGGGACAAAUAUAAUAAUUUGAAGAAGUUCGUCAAACAACACAGAGAUGUUUGCCAAGAAAAAGAAAACAUCACACCUGAUUGUCAAGAUACGUUAAUUGUAUUACGUGCUAUUCGACCAGAAGAUAAAAAUGUGGAACAUUUGUGGCAAGAGAGAUUUAAAGCUAGAGACAGGAAACCUUCAAUUACAGAGUAUUAUGAAGAGUACCCCAUUUUAAAGACAGCCAUUGGUGCUAAGUUGAUUGAUUUUCAAGCAGAAACAGGUACAAUAUUUAAAAGGCAAAAAUAG